AUGAAGACAACAAGAAGCGUUGCCCUUCUUGGGCUUGUGCUUCUCAGCUGCCUUUCUGAUAUUGCUGUUGCUCAACGACGGGCCUCCUGCGGCAUGUUCCUGUUGAGUGGAAAAACGCAGGCUGUCUGUCCCCGCAACUACGAACCCGUCUGCGGGACCGACGACGUGACCUACCCCAACGAGUGCACCCUCUGCAAAGAAAUCCUACGUAACCGAGCCAUCGACAAGAAGCACGACGGAAGAUGCGUUAAGAUCGACUGCAGCAACUACAGAAGAUCGGUCAACGGCGCUGCGGUCCCCUGCACCUUGGAGUACAAUCCCAUCUGCGGUACCAACGGAAUUACCUACAGAAACAAGUGCAGCUUCUGCAGCGCCGUUGUGAAUGGACUGGACGUAAAUGUGCUCAGAAAUGGAGAAUGUAACCAGCACAUCGAUUGCAAUGAACAGAAGGGCAGCAAUCUCGCCUGCACCCUCGACUAUAAUCCCAUUUGCGGCUCCGAUGGCAAAACCUACGGAAACAAAUGCCAGUUCUGCAGCGCUGUUUCGCGGAGCCGGGGAAGUCUGUUCCUCAGACACCAGGGUGAAUGCUGA